CCGCCCUCUCCUCGUCGUCGCCCACGAUGUCCGCAAACGUCCCAAUCUCACAAUCCAACGAUAUCACCGCGCCUACCCCCCAGAACACACCCCUGACCCACGCCCCCAUCGCCGCAGGUCUCUCGAGGCCCACCGUGCCAGACAUCUCGGAAGAUGCUGAGCCAAAUGAAGAGGCUGAUAAUGCCGACGAUGUUCAGGAGGCCAUGCUCGGUCUCGUUCAGGGGAGACUGGCUGGCCUUGUAGGCAAGAGCUCAGGCUACAUCGAGAGCCUGCCCGACGAGGUCAAGAAGAGCGUAGAAGCGCUCAAGGGGGUGCAGUCAAAGCAAAACGAGCUCCAGAACCAGUACAAGCGCGAGUGCCUCGAGCUUGAGAAGAAGUAUCUCGAGCUCCAGAAGCCCUUGUAUGAACGCCGUCAUGCUCUCAUCUCCGGUUCAGCUCAGCCUACUGAGGAAGAGCUCGAGCGCGGAAACCAACAGUCUCUGAAGGACGACCCGGACCAUGUCGCACUUGACGCCUCCACCACCGCCGCCCCUAUCCCUGAAUUCUGGCUUACCGCCCUCCGAAACCACGUCGGCCUCGCCGAGAUCAUCACCGACCGUGACGCCGGCGCGCUCAAGCACCUCACCGAUAUCAGCAUCGAGUAUCUCACCGCUGAGGCCAGCGAAGGCAAGCCCGGCUUCAAGCUCAUCUUCACCUUCUCGCCAAACGAGUACUUCGAGAACGAGAAGCUGGAGAAGACAUACGUCUACCAGGAGGAGGUGGGCUACACGGGCGAUUUCGUGUACGACAAGGCUAUCGGGACGGAGAUCAAGUGGAAGGCGGAGAAGGAUCUGACGAAGGAGUUUGAGAUCAAGAAGCAACGGAAUAAGAACACCAACCGGACGCGUCUCGUUCGCAAGGCUCGUCCAACGGAGUCGUUCUUCAACUUCUUCAGCCCACCUACCCCGCCGGGUGAGGAUGCCCUUGAGAAUGGCGAGAUCGAGGAGGAGGAGCUGGACGAGCUGGAGGAGAAGCUCGAGAUGGACUACCAGAUCGGUGAGGAUAUCAAGGAGAAGAUCAUCCCCCGUGCGAUCGAUUAUUUCACCGGCAAGGCUCUCGAGUACGACAUGAUGGACGAGGACGAGGAUGACUACGAGGAUCUGGAUGAUGACGAGGACGAUUUCGAGGAUGAUGAUGACUCUGAAAGUGACAACGACCUUCCGGCAGCAAGACGUCGCGGUCCCCCGAAGGGCCGUGGCGGUGGUGCCGCCGGACAGAAAGUCGACCCCGAAGAAUGUAAACAGCAGUAGUCGCUCGUCGCAACGCUUCCUCGUUCGCCAUGGCUCGCAUCGUCUACAUCGCAUCGGCCCACGGUAACCUCAAAAUUCAUAGAGGCACGGCCUGCGCAGGGCCGUGAUUUCCCUCAUCCAUCUUUUUUUUUCAGCCGUUAUCUUUGUCUCUUGUUCUUGUACUUAUGCCUCCCCAAUUCACGUCGUCGUCGUAACUCAAUACAAGCCAUCCAAUCGAAUCGCCGUCAAUCGUUCUGUCUUCCUUUCACUUCCUUGGUCUUGGGUAACAUCUUCUCCUUUCGUCCGUCCGCAUAGCCUACGCUCCCUUCCCUCAUCCAUUCUCCCGUCCCUCUUCUGCCGUUCUUUGACAUAAUGCUCAUCCUUGUUGUUGUUGUCCUCCCUUGUCAGCCUUUCAUCUUUCAACUUCUGUGCGUUAAUUCACCGUGCUUCGCCCCUGUAGCAGCCGUGACGUGUUUAAACUUGUUCCAUCCCGCCGUUUUUUUUUCGUUCCAUUGUUCCAUUGUUCCACCUCUGUAUCACUUAUCGAGCUCGAACUCGUAACCUUGCCUUCCG